ACAUCAGGCUCAACCUGACGCUGUUGACUGGCUAUGGAAGAAGGGCAAACGCUAGAAGAAGACCAAAGUAAAAGACUUGGGUGGGUGGGUGGGGGAAUACAGGUCCAAAAAGGAUGACAGAGGAUCUAGUGGGGGUUGUAUUGUUAUAUGGAAAACUGGGCAAAUGUAAAACAUUAAUAACCCAGUAAAGAAAUUAAAAAAAGAAAAGAAAAAUAAAAAAGAAUACUAAAAAUAUUUGAGUUCACAUUGUAAACAAAUAUUCAAUAAAUCUUGCAAUUCUGAAAAUAAAAAAAUGCUGGGUCUUCCCCUCCUAGGAUCACCUGUUGUCAGCUUCCUUCCACUCUUUCCUUAGUUGAGACAGGAGCAGAGCCUAACCCCCACCCAGGCCAGCCCAGGCUGUAACCUGGCUCUGUGGCUCCCCCACCCCUGGGUGGGGCAUAGGGUGCACUUCCUCCAGCUUAGGUUUCACACGUGGCAAGGCAAGGCGGGAGCACAUUGCAAGCCAGAACCGCCAUGAGCUUGACCCCUGUGCUCCGCCUGUCCAAGCCAGAGGAGCACACUGGGCAGAUGACAAUGCCUCCCUUUCUUGUGGUGCAGCUGAAUGUGGGCGGCAUAUUGUACACCACUACCCUGGGGACCCUGCAAAAGGUCCCAGGCUCCAAGCUGGCGGAGAUGUUCUCUAACCCCUGCAAGGUGUGCAGGGACGCGGAGGACCGCUUCUUCAUUGACCGGCCGGGAGCCUGCUUUGGGCCCAUUCUGGACUACCUUCGUAGCGGCCAGGUGCCCACGCAGCGUGUGGAGGAUGUGUACCGUGAGGCCCAGUUCUACGACCUGCAGCCGCUGCUCAGGCUGCUGGAGGACACGCCACAGAUGUUUGGCGAGCAGGUGGCGCGCCGCCAGUUUGUGCUGCGGGUACCAAGUUACAACGAGAACCUGGAGCUGCUGGUGCGCCUUGCGCGCGCAGAGGCCAUGGCUGCCCGCCGCUCUGUUGUGCUGGUGUGCGCAGUGCACACAGACCAGGACCUCGCUUUCUGUGUCCAGUCUCUGCGCAACCUGGAGAACUGCCAGCGCUCCGUGGUCAAGUUUGGGCCCUGGAAGGCAGCGCCGGACGACGAUGACCUCCUGGACUGUGUGCUGAUGGACAUCAGGGCCCAGGGCUACCAGGUGACCCGGAAGCCCUCUACUGAGAAGGCCGUUCAGGCUAAGGCCUCCAGCUACUUCCACACCUUCCUCUUCACCUGGUGGUGAGCCCUGGGGAGUGUUUUGACUGCCUUGUUGGGAAUGUACGGAAUAAAAAUUGCCUUCAA